GUAAACAAACCCACGUGUGUUAUUUGUGACAGGUCAACUUUCGGUGGAAUUUGGACUACAAAGCAGUUUAUUUUUAGGACACCCACCAGCGACUGCUCGUUAAAAAUGGCAUUUCCGUUAGCCACUAUAAAAGAUAGAAUUCUGCCACUGCAGGAGGAAUCUGAGCGUUACAAUAAGACACUUGAGUCAAUAAGGUCUGUUCUGUCAAAAAUGCCAGGUCGUCGGAAAGGCAAAUCUCAAGCGGCUGUCCUCAUUCUCCUCAUCCUUAGAGAGGACGAUGUCUACGUUUUAUUGACUAAAAGAUCCCAGUAUGUUGGUCUUCAUAAAGGAGAGACGUGCCUUCCUGGCGGUUUUAUGGAAGACUCUGAUCACACAAUUGUCGACACGGCACUCCGGGAAGCUCAUGAAGAGAUUGGCCUUCAUCCAAAUGAAGUGACUGUCAUUGGUGAAAUGUUGCCUAUUAUCAAUAUGAUUCAUCAUUUCUUGGUUACGCCAGUCGUUGCUAUUCUGAAUUCCAACAGCUUCAAACCGUCUCCAAACCCUGAUGAAGUUGAGGAUGUAUUUUACUUGCCACUGUCCCGCUUCCUACGAAAGGAUGGCUUCAUACUCAUGCAUAACAUAAAUAAGGACACUGGAAAUAAAUUUCAUAUUCACAUCUUUACGGACGAAGUUGAUGAACGAUAUUUCAUAACAUGGGGCAUGACUGCACGUUUGCUUGUUAAGACUGCUGUGGCCAUCUACCAGAAGGAGACUGACUUCAAGUUUCAGAUGAAAGAGACGCUGAAACCUCAGGACCCUCAGAAAUGGGACAAACAUUAUAUCAGACAAGUCCUCAAGUUGUUUUCUCCAAAACUGUGAAUAUUAGGCAAACACAAUCCUAACAAGUUCUUUACCCCCUUCAUAUGUACUACAUAUAGGAUUUGUGAAACAAAUUGAUGUUUAUGGUACAGUCCCUUGGACUGGCAUACAAAGUUAUCGUAAAAAUAUUGCUUUCAAUCUUAAUCAAAAUUGUGAAAGAGUGUGUGGAUCGGUCUUGUCGCAUCUUAUCAACUCUCCCAAAUACAAAUAGUCAUGGUGUUUUCCCAAUCAGUAGCAGAGUGGUUAGAGCGCCGGGCUGUUUUAUACCAGGAGGACAUUGGUUUCGACACUUAGACAGAUCAGCACUGUUUCAUCUUUGUGUCCUUGGGUGCUGCUUCUCACCACCCAGGAGUAAAUGGGUACCAGGCUUGCCUGAGAAGUAUCCUAUUCAGUGGGAGUAAAGACUCCCAAGGCGGAAUUGCAAUGGAAACUGCGAUAAGCCCUGGUCGUAAGAGACGUUUGCAGCUCUGGGAAUAGCCCAGUCGACUUUAAAUUUCUUAACUUUCUAGUGACACCUGUUUUGGUAUUGGGUAUAAAGUAUCUGAGGUUUAAAAUGUUGUGUAACAAUCUAGAGACGGUGAAAAGUGCCAAUAUAUGCAUCAGUAAAACCUCUAGCUCUAAUAAGGAUACCCUUGGGACUGACAAAUACUGAUCUUAAUAGUGAGGUUUCCAGAUUAAGACACAACAGAUCAAAUUGAAUGGAAAUGACCAAUUUCUAAUUAGAACCUAGCAUCAUUUUCAGAGAGGAUGUCCUGCUAGGGGUGUUCGCUUAGAGAGGUUCUGAAGUAUGUAGUUUAUUAAGUUGGUAUUAUUUUAGGGAAUUGGUAUUGUCAUAAAUAAUAUCAUAUUGUAAUAACUUGUACAAAAAUAUUUAUAUAUAUAUUAUAUAUUACUUUUAUAUAGUGGUAACCUAUCCAUUUUUCUAAGGCUAAAUGUAAUGCUAAAAUGGAAAGUUAACCACAUAUGAA